CAAACCUCAAAAUUAGCAUCACGUAUCAAGAACAAAAAAGAAAACAAAAGAGGAUCCAAAAUCCGCCCCACGCACCAAUGAACCCACGAACCGCACUUCUGGGGCCCCCCCAAUGCUAAACUAACCAUGCAUGGAUCCUGCAGCCACACGCACAUACAGUCUCUGUCUGUUUCUCUCUCUCUCUCUCAGUCUCUGUGUUUCGCCUCGCUUCUUACCUACCUACCACCUCACGAACGCUUCCCCACCCCCUACCUCACCAUACCUAUCUAGGAGGGUUGUACUUUGGGGACCCGUCUCCCCCCGCCGUCUCCCGCCUCACUCUCAGACAGGAUAUAGGCGAAGGAUCGAGGGGACACGCAUACGGAGAUGGAUUCCGGCAGGUGAUGAGGAAAGUCUAGACCGGAAUGGUUAAUACUCUGGAUGAGAUAGAUUGAAGGAUGAAAGACUGGACGGGGGAAAAAGAGGAGGAA